CGAGCGCGAAUAUCCGGAAUAAUGUAUUCGGCAUUUAAAAAAAAUAAAAUGCGGCCGUCAUAAUUUCAAAAUGGUUCUGUAAUAUAUUGGAAAUAAGUAUUACAUUUGUUCCAUAUUCAGUGUUGUUUUGUUAAUAUACAAUGCAAACGGAUAGUUUUACAGAGCAAUUACUUGAGCGUACUCGACAAAGGAGAGCUAUGCUCAACCAGAAGCUCGGGAAGACUCCAGACCCAGCUCCAAGGAAGAGAGUUCUGGAAGAUACUACAAACAUGCCAGUGAAAUCAGCAGCUGUAGAUGAUGACUCUCCUAAGAGGCAGUGUACCUGGGAUGAUGGGACAGUGAAAGCAGAUACUCCUGCCAUACCAAGUGUGAAAUCAAGACUACAUGCUCUCUCGAGUGAAAGAAUGAACUGGUCAGAUACAAAUUCAGCCGAAAAUGAAUUGCCUAAGCAACCUGUGUUUGAACCUCAAAAUAGCCCCGCUUCAUCCCCGGUCAACAGGAAGUCUAGAUUUGCCAAGCUUGCUCAGAACCUAGAUGACUUUGAAUGUGACAUGUCUCAUCCCACAGUAAAAAAACAAGAAGAAAAGAAACCAAGAUGGCAGCCACCCCAGCGUGAUAGUGGUAACAACCAGCCACACAAUGACGCUAGGGACAGGCAUGUCUCCUCACCAAGGAAGGAGUAUGAGCUGUACCAGGGACCUAAGAGGAUAAACCACAACAGUGGUCCUGGUCCAGCUCCCUCACCAAAGAAAAAAGAAGCCCCGGCUCCUCCAGCCCCACCGGUACCACAGAAUAUCUCUGGACCCCCUAAACCACCUCGAGCACCGUCCCCAGCUAGGGCUGCUUCCCCUAAGAGGACUCCAGCUCCCAGUGCUCCCUCGGGCUCUCCCAAAGUGAGCACACAUACAAUACAGCUGCAACAGCCGCAAUCUGUUGGCUCCCCAAAAUAUACACACCAGGUUCGCACAGUAACAAACCAGGUACCUGUGAACCGGAAAGAUGGGGAGCAGUUGACGUCGGGAGAUGAACCGACAAGCCAACCGGUCACAGAACGGUUGGCUACAUGGAAGAAGGCAGUUGAUACCCCUAACAAGGGAAUCACUGUCAAUGACCCGACAGAGCUGCCACUGUCGGAAAGAUUUGCAGGAUGGGAACAAAGAGUUUCGCAGACUCCUGUAACAGAUAAGGCUCCCAUCAGUCGUACCACCGCCAAACCUAAACAGAUAUACACUCCAGCUAAAGACACUAACUGCAACCAGGACGACUCUGAAAUAAAGCCUAUAUCAGAUAUCAGGUCGAGCUGGAAACAGCAAGAUGCUAAAAACAAUCCACCAAGAGAGUCGGAACCCACAGCUUUCUCGGUCACAGAACGAAUGUCUGCAUGGGAAACUAUGACGUCAGCUAACAAGGUGAGUUACAUAAAGAAGGUGGAUCCUGGCUCCCCAGGCCAUUCACCAACACGACCUUCCGGCAGCCUGAAACCAGCUGGCACGCCAAAUAGAGGAGCCACAUGGAAGCCGUCUGGUACCCCAAACAAAGGCCUGACCCCGCAGAAAAGUUUCAAAGACAGUAUAGAGGAGAAAGCUGCACAGUUAGGUAGAAAACCUUCAGGCAGUGAGGGAUUGCCACCUAGACCGCCAACCGGUAAUACCAGGUCUCCAGUAAAGCCAGUGAACUCUCCUAGCAAGACUAACCAGUCUCCUGUCAGAGGAAACCAGUCUCCCAUCAGAGGAAACCAGUCUAGUCCCAACAAGACUGGUUCCCCAAAUAAAGUAGGAAGUGCUACCAAGAGCUUACAGCAGAAGAUCCUGGAACAGGUACAGUAUAGCAAGACGGACCAGCUGGCUGAUAAACUCCGUCAGGAGAGAAUGGCAGAGGUAAAUGCUCUCAACAACAGAUAUCAGAAUGGUAUACUGCGAGAUGACCGUGAACUCCCUCCCCCUGCUGUGGAACAGACUUGUCCACCUCCGCCAGAGAGGGUCGCUCACCCAGUGUCUAGAGCUGACAAGAAGACUUCAGUAAGGGAGAAAGCUCGAGAAGAUUUUAACAAAAAGCUUCAAGCCAUGGGAUUUGAACUUUCAGAUGAAGGUGGUGCAUCUUAUAAUUUCAAAAAUGGUCAAUGUCAGACAUUAGCCAAUGGCAAACAAGCACAGGGACAGGCUUCAGCAGCCAGUAAGAAACCAAGUAUUUAUAGACUUGUUUCAAAGAAGUGCCAGGAACAGGAGCGGCCCGUAGUUCAACAGCAUUCAUCGUCGUCCUCUCUAAAGAAGGUUCAGUUCCAAGAACACAACACGAGCACAGAGAGUGACAGCAGUACUGACAGACAUGAGGAACAGUGUACCGAGACUGAAGGCGAUACCAUGGAUGAAACUGAUGAUUUUGAUCCACCUUCAGAGGAUAUCCAGUCUGAGACACAGGAAUCGUUUGACGAUUCUUUCAACAGUGGGUCAGAGUCAAGUAUCCCAGAAUCCUACAGAAGUCCUCCAAAAAGAAUGCAUGAUCAACAAAAGCCCCAUACUACACAGUCAAAUGAAAGGUUAACAGAAGACGAUGAUAUUAGUUUGAGUGCGUUCGUACCUGCCUCAGUGCGAAGAGAAAGUAUGCUUCCUCCGAGACAGGAACAUGAUGAUACAACUAGUAUAACAAGUGAAGACAGUAUGGACUAUGUAAACACAGAACAAACUGACAGAAAUAGACAGAGAUACUCGUCACAGGAGAGCAGUGAAGCCGAGCAGACGUACAAAAAGCAGCGUAUAGACAGUACAGAGGAUAGCGAGGAUGAGGAGUGUGAUCGUGCUGAGAUGGACGACCUUCUUGAUGAAGCAAUGGACGAUAUCUCAGAAGUUGAGAUGAGAAAAAAGGAGCCACAGCCUGUACCGCGUAAGCGAAGAAGUUACAUGCAUGCAACAAUGGAAGGAGAUGUGUACCAGCCAGAACAAGUACAGAUGCGUCCAAAGACUAUGCCACCCCAGAGCAGAGAUAAUAAAGUACAGUACAGAGCAAAAAGUGAUGGACUGGCAUACAGUGUGUCCAUGUAUAGGAGUAACAGAAUGACAAAGAUAACCACAACUGUAGAUUUCCGAGAAAUGAGUCAGGAGAUGUCGACAGCCAGUCAGCGUAUCUCACGUCACAGUCAUUAUGUACAUGAGGACGUGAAGGAAGAAGACAUCAAAAUGCCGAACCAACUUCCACCCGAUGUUCAGAGGAAAACACUCCAUGAGAGAAUUAAGGAGUUGCAGGAGUUGGUGAGUCAAGAACAAAGCGUGAUUAUGCAGACAAGUAAUGCUCUAAACAAAUGUUGUAGCGGUGAUUCCCAGUUUGCUGGCUCCGCCGAGCAGGUCGAGUGUAACAGAUUAUUACUGGUUUCAUGUCAGAGACGACAGGCAUACCUUACGGAAAUGCAGAGAUUGAAGGAAACUAAGCAGUUAGAUGCUCCCAAUCAGCAGGGACCAAAGGGAUCUCUAACCAUCAGUGACAUCAGACUGCCACUGAAGAAAGAUUUUGUCACCAAAAUAGGAACCUCAUCAGAUAACACAGUGCACUAUUUUAUGUUGUUGAUACGUAAUGGACCGCAGGUGAUUACCACACAGAUGUUGUCCACACAUGACCCAAUGAUGAGAGGUAGUCUGGACUUUCCAAACCUCAUCAAGAUACACGGAAUCUCUUCAAACUUCAACAUCAACUUAGAAAUCUAUAGUAUGUAUUGCUUGUCAUGCUUUCAGUCUGUGUCCAGGGAACAUAAAGACAAGAAGAAGAAGACUCCAAAGAAAACCAAACAUACAACACACAUUGCAAUGGAGAGCCCAGGAGGCCCGACAGCAGUAAGAACAACAAGUUUUACAUUGAUCACGUCACUACCUAUCACAAUGAAGUCACUAGACAAAAGCAGUUUUGCUCUAGAAAGGAUACCAUUCCUUUCACCAUUACAUGGGAUGAUCUACAUGCGUCUCAAGUGUAUGAUGGAACAGAAUGUAGAGGAGCGGGGCUUCCUUACCAUGUUUGAGGAUGUUUCUGGGCUCGGAGCCUGGCAUCGGCGCUGGAUCGUCCUCACAGGAAACAAACUGUGCUUCUGGAAAUACCCUGAUGAUGAAACGAGAAAGGAUCCUAUGGGCAUUAUAGAUCUAAAGCGAGUGAUCACAGAGAAGGUUGGCUUGAUACCUCGAGAUAUCUGUGCACGACCUCACACGUUUGAACUGGUGUCUGUUCGUCCACCAAGGAGAGGGGAACAAGACACGUUGGUCACGAAAACAUACAACACCAUGACUACCACAAGGUUUAUGUUAUCGGCAGAUACAAAGGAAGAGAGAAUAGUGUGGUGCAAUAAGGUGAACAGAGCCCUGGCGAACCUCCGUACCUGGCAUGCAGAUGCUAUGAGGCCCAUCAAGGCCCCAAAAUAAACUCAUAAGUUGUGCUUUCAUAUAAACUGCUAUGACUAGACAAUUGUGAUGCACUUGCGACAAGUUUCAAUCUUGAUACUCUCAGUAUGUCAUACAAUGUACUGUGUCCACAGGUUUCAUACAAGCAAACAUUUAUAACUGGGAAUAAAUCUGUUCAGUUCAUAUUGGAGAAAAAGAAUUUUAGUGCUUCUUGUGUUUAGCCAUUUUACUUGGCAUUGAUGUAAAAUCCUGAGGUCACCAUUAUUGUAAAGAGCCAGAGGCUGUAUUCCUCGACGUGUUAGGAUUUGUAAUAGAUGAUUUUAGGAGUACAAAUUUUGAUCUAACGGGAACCUCCUGGAAAUAUUGAAUGUUGAUAGAUUUGAAUAGUAUGGGCAUUGUUUCUAAAGGUAAAAAUUUGAUUCGUGAAAAAAUAAAUGUUAAAAUGAUUUGAUAAAGAAACAGUAAAUUCUAGCUUGUUGGGCGGUGUGUAAGGUUGUCUGUCAUAGGGGAGAGAAAUACUGGCCAUGUAUGUGAUAUUAUUUUAACCUAUACAUAAAGACAUUUUGUAAGUUAUUACUGGAUGUAUAAAUGUCAUUAACCUGUAUGUUAUUGGCUGUGCAAUCAUGCUUUAAUAUGGGAUCAUAGUGGUUACUGGUUUAGGGUUUCGUAUUUUCAUGUUUAGCACAGUAACAUUUAUUUAAGGACAUAAUAUGUAAUCGGUUUAU